AUGGCAACAACACACAACAAAUUUGAUCUAUCCGAUCAAGAUCAAAUCACAGAAGACGGCGUAACUCAGUGUCUGAAAUACGGUUUCACCUCCAAUGUGAUUUAUUCUCGCAUCAGUGAUUCAGCCAUUGUAGCCAUCAACCCUUACAAGCAAAUGCCAUCACAUAGUUUACAAUACGUUGCAGAAUACAAAGACACCGGAUCGGAUGCUCUGGAGCCCUUACCAAUGCACAUCAACAAACUGACAAAUCAAGCUUAUUUGCACAUGAGACGAACUGGCAUCGAUCAAUCACUGAUACUCAGCGGUGAAUCAGGCAGUGGCAAAACAGAGUCGUUCAAAUCCAUAUUAAAUCAUCUGGUGCAGUUAUCAUCGCAAAAGAAGGAGACCAAGCUUCAAGCUCAAAUCAGUAGCAUUCAGACUGUGUUGGAGGCCUUUGGUAACGCUCGUACAGGACUAAACGAAAAUGCUUCUCGUUUUGGCAAGUAUCUGGAAUUGCAAUUUAAUGAGCGGGGUCGCAUGGUAGGUGCGAAACUCCUCAAUUACCUAAUAGACAAGUCUCGAGUUACUGAAUGCCCUGCUCACGAACAAACAUUUCACAUCUUUUACCAACUGUUUGCUGGUGUGUCCAACGAGGAGAAGCAGAUCUUGCAACUGGAUGACGAUGCAAUGUACAGAUAUAUACCCAGAAACAUGGCGGCUGCGGGCGGUGAGGCUGGCCAGUUCCAGCAUGUCAAGCAGGCGAUGAAAGCACUCGGCAUCAACAAAAAAUACCAGGCAAGAAUAUGGCAGUUUUUGGCGUGUUUGCUUCAUCUUGGCCAGCUCGAGUUUGUCGAUGAUUCGCUUGUACAGGAAGCUGCCUUUGUCAAGAAUGCUGCUACGCUGGAUCUCUGUGCCGACUUUCUUGGUGUGGACCCUAGAGCGUUGGAGAGUGUAUUCACUUACAAGACACAGCUCAUCAAGAAGGACAUCACCACCUUGAUCCUGGAUUCGGCUGGUGCUGCUAGACAGAGAGACGAGAUUGUCAGAUCCUUGUACUCCUUGCUGUUCACAUGGCUGGUGGAAUACAUAAACACAAAACUAUGCAGUGACUCUGUGCACAACUUUAUUGGCAUCCUAGAUUUGCCGGGACCUCGAUUACACCAAACGUCCAACAGCUUCAACUCUUUCUGUGUCAACAUUGCCAACGAGCGUCUUCAGCAUUUCUGCCAGCGUUCCAUCUUUGAAGUCGAUGUAGAAGAGUACCGCAUGGAAGGAUUGACAGUACAGGAUGUGCCCUAUUUCAACAACUUGCCCUGCGUGGAGCUAUUGACUCGUCCAAAGCACGGCUUGUCCGACCUCGUGAACCAUCAUGCCAAGUCAGCAUCGUCCACUGACACAGCCAUGGUCGACUCCUUUGUCAAAUACAACAACACACACGCUUCCUUUGGCACCAAGCAAGCAGACACAGGAUCACGACUCUUUACCAUCCAGCAUUUUGCAGGCCAAGUAGCUUACAGUCCUCACCAUUUUUUAGAAUCCAACAAGGACAUGCUGAAUGCUGAUUUAGUACAACUGAUUCGUGGUAGUGACACAUCUCCAGCCUCAUACAAUAGUUUUGCUUUGGAAUUGUUCGCCAACGACUCUAUUCACACAGAAAAUCACCCCAAGCAGACUACAGCCAUCUUGAAUGCACAACAGCCCAGCGGUCCCUUGCGUGGCCCUUCGAUGCGUCGCUCCAAAUCCACCAAGCGCAGAAGAUCCACCUUGGAGCCUACACCAGAAGAAGGCGUCUCAUCAGCAGCUACACCGUCCAGAAAGAACCACGUCUCCACUGUACUAUCCCAGCUUAACAAGGCCAUGGAUGAGCUAUUCAGCACACUGGAUGAGACAGUGCCUUGGUUCGUCUUUUGUGUCAAGCCAAACGACAAUGCAGCACCCAAUCAAUUCGACAGCAAUCGUGUUCGAUCUCAAGUCAGGGCUUGGGGCAUCCCUCAAAUCUGUCAGCGCUUAAAGAUGCAAUAUACCAGUUUCCUCUUCCACGAUGAGUUUUUGCAGAGAUACGCUACAGCACUAGAGAACCGCGGUCUGGAGCAAUCAAGCAGCAGCGAUGUCAAGCAACAGUGCCAAGCAGCCAUUGCUCUGUUUGGAUGGUCCACUGCACAAGCCACGAUUGGUGAAACAAAGAUCUUUUUGAGCGAGUCUGUCUGGCAAGGACUAGAAGAUGGCUUGCGUACCGCUGAAAAGGCUGAUCAAAGGAAGCUCAAGGACGAAAAGAGAGUAACCGAAAACAUGGCUACACUGGCUGCUCCACCUAUGAUGAACAUGGAGAGAGAUCAGAGCUCUGAUACCCUGUCGCAAGUCUCUUUUGGCUCCAACACCGAGUUCCUGCUGCCUGCUGGCGGUGCUGCUCAAUCUGACUACAAUCUAUCUGACCCUCGUCGAUACGAUCAUGCUGCUGCCGCUGCUGCUGCUGCUGGCUUACCGUUACCUAGAGGUGCUGGCGGUUCUGGCUCCAUCUACACGGAUGACCAACGCUCUUUCCUCUCUGAUGACGACUAUCACAACUAUCAACAACCAAGCAGCUACCAUGAAACUGACUCGCAAUACGGCGGAUCUGAUUUCUAUGGCCGCCAAGCUACUCCUGAAAUGAAGCAAAUUUUGACAACGGCUGUUGUGGAAGAAGAGGCACCAGAGGAGGACGAAAAGAUGUCUCGUGCUCGUAAACAUUGGCUCAAUUUUGUGUGGUUCAUGACUUGGUGGAUUCCAACUGUCUUUUUGGUCAUGUGUGGUAAGCUGAAGCGUCCUGACAUCCAGAUUGCAUGGCGUGAAAAGAUGACUCUGUGUCUCUGUAUCUUCCUGACAUCUGGCUUCAUCAUCUGGUUCUUGGUCUUUUUUGGCACCAUUGUCUGUCCUCAUCAAGAUGUGUUCUCGACAUCCGAACUACAAAGCCAUGCUAGUAAGGACAAUGCCUAUGUCGCUAUUCGUGGUGAAGUGUUUGAUUUAACCAAGUUUGCCCCUCACCAUUGGGCCAGUCAAGUGAUUCCUCAAGACGCUGUGUUGGAGUACGGUGGCAAAGACGCUUCUUCCUUGUUCCCUGUGCAAGUGUCUGCUCUGUGUCAAGGCACGACGGGCACUGUGUCUCCCUAUGUCUCUCUUGAUUUCAACCCUAAUCUCACGGAUACCAAUGCGCAAUACCACAACUUUUUGCCAGACACAGCUGAUCCUCGUCCAGAUUGGUACUUUCAACAAAUGACCUAUCUUCGCAAGAACUAUAAACUGGGUGCUAUGGGCUAUACACCAAAGGAUAUCGCUACACAAGCUGCCAACCAGGUGGACAUGUCUGGCAUCAAAACCACACGUCAAUGGGCCAUCUUGAACGGCAAUGUCUAUGAUCUCACGUACUACAUCUUGGGCGGUCGUCGCUUUAACUUGCCUGCAGGUGUCAGUGCUCCUGACAGCAACGAGCUCAACUUUUUGGAUAAUGCGGUUGUCACUCUGUUUAGUCAAAAGGCUGGUCAAGACAUCACAGACAGCUGGAAUGCACUCCCCCUGGAUGCUGACCUCAAAUAUCGUCAAGAAGUAUGUCUGAGAAACCUCUACUACGCCGGUGGUGUCGAUCAGCGUAACUCUGCUCGCUGUCUGUUUGCUGAAUACUUGCUGCUGAUCAUCACUGUGUUCUUGUGUCUGGUCAUCGUCUUCAAGUUCUUGGCUGCUUUGCAAUUCCGUACGCGUCGUGAGCCUGAAAAGCAUGAAAAGUUUGUCAUUUGUCAAGUGCCUUGUUAUACUGAAGGCGAAGACGAACUAAAGAAGACUAUUGAUUCCAUCAGUGCUUUACAAUAUGACGACAAGCGCAAGCUAUUGUUCAUUAUCUGUGAUGGUAUGAUUAUUGGUGGUGGCAAUGAUCGUCCUACGCCUCGUAUCGUGCUUGACAUCCUGGGUGUGGACCCCAACAUUGAUCCUGAGCCACUCUCCUUCUUUUCUGUCGGUGAAGGCCAAAAGCAGCACAACAUGGGCAAAGUGUACUCUGGUCUCUAUGAGUGUCGUGGCCAUGUUGUCCCUUACAUUGUCGUCUCCAAGGUGGGCAAACCAAGCGAAAGACAAAAGCCUGGUAAUCGUGGUAAGCGUGAUAGUCAGUUGAUCUUGAUGAGCUUCUUGAACAAGGUCCAUUUCAACUCUCCCAUGACACCCUUUGAACUGGAACUGUACCAUCAAAUCAAGAAUGUGAUUGGCGUGAAUCCUAGUUUCUAUGAGUUUGUACUGAUGGUGGAUGCGGAUACCGAGGUCAUGGCGGAUGGUUUGAAUCGUAUGGUAUCUGUGUUUGCUCAUGACUCCAAGAUUAUUGGUCUUUGUGGCGAAACGGUCUUGUCAAAUGAAAAGGACAGUUGGGUUACCAUGAUCCAAGUCUACGAGUACUUUAUCUCCCAUUAUCUGAUCAAAGCGUUUGAGUCUCUGUUUGGCACUGUCACUUGUCUACCAGGCUGUUUCUGUAUGUAUCGUAUUCGUGCUCCUCAAAAGAACCAACCUCUGCUCAUUUCCAAUCAAAUCAUUGAUGACUAUGCUAUCAACAAGGUAGACACACUGCACAAGAAAAACUUGCUCCAUUUGGGUGAAGAUCGUUACUUGACUACCUUGAUUUUAAAGCAUUUCCCCAACUACAAGACCAAGUUUGUAUCGGAUGCCAAGUGUGCUACUGUUGCUCCUGAUCAAUGGAGCGUCCUGCUCUCUCAACGUCGUCGCUGGAUCAACUCUACCAUCCACAACUUGGGUGAAUUGGUCUUUUUGCCUCAGUUGUGUGGUUUCUGCUGUUUCUCUAUGCGAUUUGUAGUCAUGCUCGAUUUGCUCAGUACGUUGGUGCAACCCGCUAUUGUUGGCUAUCUGGUGUAUCUCAUCUACAUGUUGGCUACGUCGACCUCUGGUGUUCCUGUCAUGUCCAUCAUCACCAUUGCUGGUGUGUACGGUUUGCAAGCCAUCAUCUUCUUGCUGCACAGAAAAUGGGAACACAUUAUUUGGAUGAUUGUCUCAAUCUUUGCUAUUCCAGUGUUUUCUUUUAUGAUUCCCAUUUACUCCUACUGGCAUUUUGAUGAUUUCUCUUGGGGUAACACGCGUGUUGUCAUGGGUGACAAGGGCAGAAAACUUGUCAUGGCUGACGAGGGCAAAUUUGAUCGUAGAAGCAUACCCGUUAUGACAUGGGACGAGUAUGAGAAGAGCAUGUAUGACGAUGACAUGAACGCUGGUGGUGGUUAUUUUAAUGACAAUGCCUCUGUGGGUUCUCAUGGCUCUCAACGCUCUGGUUACAGCCAAGGCACUUAUUAUAGCCAACAAAGCUACAUCAGUAGACCCGGUGGUGGAAUGCAGCAGCAAUACAAUCCAAUGGCAGCAAGCAACCAAUCUUUUAUGAUGCAGCCUCCAUCCGUCAGAACAGCCUCACCUGCAUUUAAUACGAAUUUACCACCGUAUCCGUCAUCCACGCCUGGCUAUUCCACACCGCCUCUUCCUGCGCAACAAAUGUCUAAUUAUCAAGCACCACAUCCUCCUCCUGGUCAAUAUACUAGAUCUCAAUCGCCUUUCCAUUAA